AUGAAAGCAGUGAACUAUGUUCAACUGGAUCUGAUUAAAAUCCCAACAGAUUCAAAAUUUAGACAUAAUUUAAAAUCUGACAUUGUUCCUAUAAAUUCUUGGCCAAUGAAAAUUUUGAAAGGAAACUCGCCAAUCUUUGAGGAUGGGUUAGAAAGAGAUCGUCCAAAUAUUGAUUACUUCAUUCACUAUACUAUUCAACCAAUUGGAGUUUGUUUGGAAAUGCUAACUGAUGAAGGAAAGGAUGAGUUGAUUGCUAGAGACAAACAGUGUUAUAAAAUGACUGGAGGUUGUACUGCAAUCGUUGCACUUUUUAUUCUUGGAAAAUUAUAUGUUGCUAAUGCUGGAGACAGCAGAUCUGUGAUAUGUCAAGGAAAUAAGGUAAUUCCAAUGUCAGCUGAUUUUACACCAGAAACUGAAAAAGAGAGAAUAAAAAAAUUGCACGACGUUCGACUGGUGACAGUCACAAUCCAGAUUGUAGAUAAAUCGAGAUUGAAGGCAUAUAAAAUAAUUACAGUUGAUGAUUUGAAAUUUCCUUUAGUUUAUGGUGAAGGAAAAAGAAGUCGUGCAUUGGCAACUAUAGGAGUGACACGAGGUUUUGGAGAUCAUGAUUUAAAGGCACAGAAUAGUAAUUUAUAUAUAAAACCAUUUCUAUCACCUCAGCCUGAGAUAAAGAUAUUUGAUCUAGGUGCUACAGAAUUAACUGAUAGUGAUGUAUUAAUAAUGGGGACAGAUGGUUUGUGGGAUAUUACUUCAAAUGAGAAAUCAGCAGGAGUUGUACAGAAAUCAUUAGAUCAUUUUCCUGCAAAUGAUAUGCAAAGAUAUAAGUACAGGUAAAGUAUAAGCUGUUUUGUUUGUAUAAAAUUUUAAUGGCUUAUUACACAGUUCCAGUAAAUUCCAGGACUAGUUGUUUUAGAAUUAUAAUUAUGAUAAUAAAAUAAUAAUAAUCUGAAUUUAGAUGAUGCUCUGUUGUAUCUAACAAGUUUGGGCAUGUCAAUACACUCAAAAUUAGUGUAUAGUCAUACUGUAGCUAUGUGUUGUCAGAAAUGUGAAUAUGGAGCAACAUGCCAUGAUUAAGCUUUACAGCUGCCUGGGAAAAUCGCUUAUCAAGGUGUUUAAGAAUCUUAAACAAUUGAUACCACAGACAACUUUAUUGUGCACAUGUGUUCGAGUGACAUGCUUGUUUUCAGGAAGGCCACAAAUCCAUCAAAGAUGACUCUUGCCCAGGGAAGCAAUGAAUCAAGACACCAAAGAAGACAUUGAGAAGAUCUGCACUUUGUUGAAUAAGGAAAGACAGUGUGCAGCUGCUAGCAGAGAUGGCAGAUAUCAAGAAAGACGCCAUGCUUAAAAUUUUAACUGAGGAUUUGGGUAAAUGCAAAAGUGUUCUCAUCUUGUGCUUCAGCAGUUAACACAUGAUCAAAAGCAAUAGAGACUGGAUACUUGUUUAAACCUGUUUGAUGCAGUGAAAGCUGAUCAGGACAUUUUGAACAGGAUGACAAAUACUGGUGCUUUCAGUUUGACCCAGCAAUAAAAAGGAAGAGCAUUGAGUGGUGGAUGUCAACAGUUCCUUGUCUGAAAAAAAUAGUUGUAGCAUUUUCAUAUGAAGACAAUGCAGAUUGUGUUCUUCAAUCAUAGUAGUGUUAUUCACUUAGAAUUUGCUCCAUGAGGAGGCAGUCAUGCAAUGAUUCUGUAAUAUGUUAUGGAUUUGGUGUAACUUUAAUGCAAAAUAUCUGAUUGCUGUUGCAUGAUAAUGUCCCAGUGUGCAGGAAUGUUCAGGUAAAAGACCUUCUGAACAGAAAAUAGGUUAUACCUUUGGGGCACCUUCCUUAUUUGCCUAUUUAAUAUGGAUACUUUUACUUUUUUGGAUACUUUACUAUUUUUUCUUCCUAAAAUCAAAAAGGCUUUGAAAGGACAUGUUUUUGAUGACAUUUCAUCCAUUCAAAAAGUAAUGAUGUACCAAAUAAAGACAAUAACUUCAGAGAUGUACAAGACAAUCAAUGUUUUAAAGAUUUCAUUAAAUGUUUUGAAUAGUGUGUAAAGUAAUGCCUUUUUCAGUGUUUCCAGUCCUGGAAUUUAUCACACACACUGUAUAUUGCAAUAAUAAUCGGAUAUUUUUGAAAAAAUUCAACAAAAUACAUUAAAAACAUAUUUCUUAUAUGUUCUAUAAAUGCAAGUUUUAAAAAUUUACACAAAAAAACUAAUUAUAUAAUUAUAAGCUGUAUCAUAAUUUUAAAAAAAUUUAUAUUUAUAGUAUGUACGUGAAUAGUUUUAAAAACAGUAUAAGUUGUGAGAUUAAGGAGUACUGUAGUACAUAUUGUACUUCUUAAAUCUCACCACUUAACAAAUGUAGGACUUAUCAUACAGGAUUUAUGUUUAAAAGAACAUGGCAAAAUUAAUCACUUUGAAUUCUUAUUACAGAAUGAAUUUCAGGUAUGAACCCCUUUUCAGCUAUUGACAAUUUUUUAAAAAACUGGACUUGGGAGGGAGCCACAAUUAUAGAUUUUAUAUAUCGAAAUGAAAGUAAAAACUAUGUAAAAUA